GCGAGCCCUACCCCACCCCACCCCUCCCCGCCUCCAAAUCCCGCCGCCCCAUGGACCGGCAGGCCCAGGACUACGCGGCGGCGGCCAUGGCGUACGCGCAGGCGCAGCAGCAGCCUCCGCCGCAGUACGGCUUCCACCCGCAGGCGCAGCCGCAGUACCCGCACCACCCGCACGCCGAGCCGCCCUACGCCGCCCCGAUGCCGCAGUACGCGCCCUACCCGCGCGCCAUGCCGCCGCCGCAGCAGCAGCUCUACCCGCACCUCCCGCCGCACCAGCAGCCCUCCCCCUACCCGCCGCCCCACGCCAUGCCGGGGCACGCCUCCCAGCCGCCUCAUCCAUACAUGCACCCGCCGCCGUUCGAGUCCGCUCCCCCGGCCCCCGCCCCGCCCCCCGCCGACCCGGAGCUCCAGAAGCGCAUCGACAAGCUCGUCGAGUACAUCGCCAAGAACGGGCCCGAGUUCGAGAUCGUGAUCCGCGACAAGCAGCACGACAACCCGGACUACGCCUUCAUCUUCGGCGGGGACGGCCACGCCUACUACAGGUACAUGCUCUGGGUCACGGGGCGGCCCCCCAUGGCGCCCUACCCGCUGGGCUCCGUGCACAUGAUGCCGCCGAUGGGCCCGAUGGCGCACGGGCCGCCGCCCCCGAUGCACCAGCCGGGGUACCCGCCCUUCUACGACCAGCACCAGCACUUUGGCGCCCACGGCCACGGGGAGUAUGAGACCGGGGCGACGUUCAAGGGCCUCUCUGGGCCGCUCCCCGCGGAUGUCGCCGCGGAGCUGCACGAUGUGCUUACCAAUCUUAAUGGCACCAAGGAGUCGAUAAAGGGUGCCAAGACAUGGUUUAUGCAAAGGGCUCCAUUUGCGCCGGCUCUGGCGGAAGCUCUGAGGGAGAGACUAUUUGCCUUGGAGGAUUCAGAGAGGCAGCUCCACAUUGUUUUCCUGGUGAAUGAUAUUCUUUUUGAAGGCUUGCAGAGACGAGCUAAUAUUCAGGACCUUGACAAUGAGGCUAUUGCUUUUCAAUCUGUGCUGGGCUCCAUGCUUGUGAGGAUUUAUAAUAAUCCGCAGAAUAAAGAUGAAAAUCAGACUCGCCUUGAGAAAAUCCUGCAAUUCUGGGGUUCAAAGGAAGUUUAUGACCAGGAAACCGUUGCUAACCUUGAAAGAGAGAUGAAAGGAGGCAUUUCAUAUCCUUCGGCGCCACAACAUGUUUCACCAGAUCCCUCAACCUUCUCAGGAUCAGCAAAGCCCUCAAAAUGGUCCUCUGCUCCGCCAGAGAUGGAGAAGGCAUUCCAACCUGCCCCUUCUGCACAAUUUCCAGGAAACCAACAUCCUGCCGGCGUUUACGGCCAAACUACUUUUCCAGGAUCUUUGCCAGUGCAACCAUCUUUACUCCCCCCUGCGCUUCCUCAAAGCACAGCACCAGCCAAUGCAAAUGAUCCAACUCCACCUCCGUAUCCACUAUUCCCCCCUGGGCUCAUUCCAGGAAUGGUCCGGAAGAUGCAGAUCGGUAGUGGAGUUCCAUACUCUCCCUUGAGCCCACUCGACAUCCCCACGACCAUCCCACCAUCGACCGUUCCUGAGUCCGAGAUCCUCGAGCGCGUGACGAGGUUCUUCAAGGAGAUCGGGGAGGAGAACCCGUCAGAAGGUCCGAUGAAGCAGGGCGAGCCUGGUGACUACGAUGACUACGAGAGGGAGCUCCCUGCCCGCAAGGGAGGUGCGUGCAUCCCACCCCCCGCCAGCCUGCACGUGAACCCUGAGACCGGGAUGCGCGCUGAUGGCUCGUUCGAUAGCAAGCCGGGGUCUAGCGGACGGUUGGGCCUUGGAGCCUCUGCUGAUCCGAGUGAGGUGAGCCACCAGUAUGGCGAUGUGUAUUCGUCAUAUCGCAAGCAGAGGAGCAGCAACUACCAUUCUUCCAUCAGUUCCCGCGCAGUAGCGCCGAGGUGAAAACGGCGGACGAGCGUUUCCAUAUCAAUUUCUUCCUGCUGUGUGUAACUGCAAGAAUGUACCUUAGUAGACAGAACUAAAUUGUCAGAUGAUUGUGCAAUGUAACAUUUUCCUUUUUUUCACGGCAAAACUUUGAACCGCAGCUUCUUAGUUUUGGGAAGAGUAGCCUGUUGGUAGUUGCAAAUGAUUUUUGUUUCAUAGAUGUGAUCCUUCAGUUUUGAUUA